GGCUCUUUAAGCCCCGGCGCGCGACACAGAGGGGCAUUCAGAGCGCGAGCGAGGGGGCAGGAACCGACGGACGGACUCUCGCGCUGGGCGGGCGACCUGCUUUAGUGCAGUCUUUGUGAAGCACAUCUUCAUCCCGAGGAAGGCAGCGAAUGGGUUCCUUUUGACAGAACCAGGAGCGAGUGGAAAAAGUGCUAGAGUCCCAUUGGAGAACAGAAACCUACAGAGAACCUUCCCGACACCCGUGAGCGCAGCGCGAGAGGAGCGAUGUCGGCGGAGGAACACAGUUUGUCUGAGGUGGAGAUGAGUCCCGGGGUGUCCGAAGACGGUCACUCCAUGUCCCCCGGGCACUCGUCGGGCGCCCCCGGAGGGGCGGACUCCCCGUUGUCCGGUCAGGCGUCUCAGAUGUCGGGCGAGGAGGCGGCGGGCGUCUCCGCGAGCGUCUCGGUGAAGUCGGACGAAGAUGACGACCGUUUUCCCAUCGGCAUCCGCGAGGCGGUCAGCCAGGUGCUGAACGGAUACGACUGGACUCUCGUGCCCAUGCCCGUGCGCGUGAACUCGGGCAGUAAGAACAAGCCGCACGUGAAGCGGCCGAUGAACGCGUUCAUGGUGUGGGCGCAGGCCGCGCGCCGGAAACUGGCGGAUCAAUAUCCGCACCUGCACAACGCCGAGCUCAGCAAAACUCUCGGCAAACUCUGGAGACUCCUGAACGAGUCGGAUAAGAGGCCUUUCAUCGAAGAGGCCGAGCGUUUGAGGAAACAGCAUAAGAAGGAUUAUCCCGAGUACAAAUAUCAGCCACGUCGACGCAAGAACGGCAAACUAGGAACCGGGGCUGAGGGCGACGGCCACUCCGAGGGCGAGGUCAGUCACAGCCAAUCACAUUACAAGAGUCUGCACCUGGAGGUGGCACACAGCGGGGCGGCGGGGUCACCGCUGGGCGACGGGCAUCACCCUCACGCUACAGGUCAGAAUCACAGCCCUCCGACACCCCCCACCACCCCGAAAACAGAACUGCAGGGGGGUAAAUCUGGGGAAGGGAAGCGUGAGGGCGGGGCCGGGGGAUCCAGGGGCGGUCUGGGGGUGGGAGCAGACGGAAGCUCCUCCUCUGCGUCGGGCAGCGGCAAACCUCACAUUGACUUUGGUAACGUGGACAUUGGUGAGAUCAGUCAUGAUGUGAUGGCCAACAUGGAGCCGUUUGAUGUGAACGAGUUUGACCAGUACUUGCCCCCCAACGGUCACCCCGGCGUGGCACAGGCCACGGGCGGCGCAGGCUCGGGAUCCUCGGCCUCCCCGUACGCGUACGGCAUCUCGUCGGCCCUGGCGGCCGCCAGCGGGCACUCGAGCGCGUGGCUCUCCAAACAGCAGCUGUCGUCCCAGCAGCACCUGGGCUCAGAUGUAGGGAAAACUCAGAUAAAGAGCGAGGCUCAUUUCUCCAGCGAGGCGGCGUCUGCGGCGAGUGGAUCUCACGUCACCUACACGCCUCUCAGCCUGCCGCACUACAGCUCCGCCUUCCCCUCGCUGGCGUCCCGAGCCCAGUUCGAUUACGCCGAGCACCAGGCGUCCGGCUCGUACUACGCUCACUCCGGUCAGACCUCCGGCCUUUACUCCGCCUUCUCUUACAUGGGCCCAUCCCAGAGGCCUCUGUACACGGCCAUCCCUGACCCCGGAUCAGUGCCGCAGUCACACAGCCCGACACACUGGGAGCAGCCCGUCUACACCACACUGUCACGACCGUGACACACGCACAAACACACACACAACGGUUUCAGUCCUGUUUGAUAUCCAGUAGCUGAUCGUGUGCUUCAUGAACACCAUGAGAAAUAUUCACCUGCACUACAAUCUACAGCAUUCUGAGGGGCGUGUGGACAUCUGCAGGGAAAUAUCAUGACAAACCCAUCAGUACAGAGAUCUGCUCUUACUCUCCUGACACAAAUGAUGUGUAAUGAGCCCAAUAUGACCAAAGUAAGAGACCAAAACACUAAAACCAGAAGAAAUAGUGAGUUUCUCCAUUAACAGAAACAGAAACUUCAACCCAACAUCCACACACAUGACAGAGAUCUGAUAAUAUUACCUGUACAUCUGCGUUUUUAUAUUUGUAUGAAUGAAUAAUCUCUUUUAUUAACCAAAAUAAGGCCAUAUUGUUUUUUGUCACAUUAAUAAUGACGUGUUUGCGUUUCUGUAAUCUGUUUUAUUGACGUUACUCUUGUGAUUUUGUUGCCAUAACUCCACUGAACUCCGUCUUCACCACUGUGUCGAGUUUCUUCACGAUAUUGUCAGUUUGUGUAAAUUUCACGGAUGAACACUAGAUGAAUUUACCGUGCUGAACACAGACGCAAGAGACGCGACGCUGUCAUGACGUAACGACGCGUUUCUCAUCACGUCGAACGAUCGUAGGUUUACGAUUUAAAACAGCGUGGCUGUAAAUCACAGGAAACUUUUUUCAGGACGCGAAACUAUUAUCUGCGAAGUCUAAAUUCUUAUGUGAUUUUUUUAAAAUGUUUUUUUUAACGUAUUUUGUGGAAAUAACAGUUUAUAAAUACUGAAAUGUAGAGAAUGCAUCAAUUCACAUUUCUGUUCUGAACACGUGACAACGACAAACGUUUUCCACCCGACUACAAAUAAAACUCGAUAUAAUUUUGUACAAGUUACAAAACGGUCUGUUAUUGUACACAAUGUUUCAUUAUUUUUUCCCCCUUCGAUGUAGACUUAUUUUGUUAUUUUACUAUUAAAAAGCAAAAACUCGAUUUAGAGCCUACAUCUUACAGUAGGUGUUCUUGUUAUAUAUUACAGAAUAUUAUUUAUAUUUGUUGUUUUGUUCGUUUUCUAUCAGUAGCGUUUUAUUCUGAUGUUGUUGUUGUUGUGUAAUGUUGUGGUUGGUACGUGUUGUUGUUUUUCAGUGUAAAUAGAAGAGAGCAAUGACUAACCUCCCUCACCCUAAAUAAAGCUCAAGUCAUACAA